AUGGAUGUGGACGAUCAAGGUGAUGCUGUCCCUACGGUCAAAGGUCGAAGGCAGGGCAUGGCAAAUGCCUUACUCCAAGAGGGCUUUAUGAAGCUCGAAUCUGUUAUUUGCGACGUCAGCCACAACACCUCUAUUCCUACCCAUCAAGUCAUCGCUUUAUGGCACAAGAGCAACAGGUGUUCCUUCCACAGCGUCAACCACUGGAAUGCUUAUAGCAGCUACUUCAAAGCAUAUCCCCAGCAGGAGCUGAAAAGACUUGGUGACAUGACUCCCGAGGGUCCUGGCACACCAAGUGCAACUGUGCGUUGCAAUUGUUAUGAGCAGUUUAAAAAGGAAUAUCUGGACUCGUGGCAAACAAUUCUUGAGUAUCAUGAGGAGGCCACGAUCCUCAUGGGUGUGCCACAGACAGUUGCUAUGCGGGCCCAGGAGUUUCAUAAGUUUGGCAAGAAGGUCUCGGCUAUGAUGGAUAUCGCUGCUGCUCAUUUUGGGUUUGAGGGUGCACUGGUAACAUGUGGAAAAGUUGUCAAUCAGGAUGGUUCUCUGGGUUUGGCCCAUACGAUGGCUGGAGCUGCAGGCAUAAGGUUUUGGCUCAUGCGCUGUAAAGCCGAUGAUGAUACCAUCAUUGGCCAUCUCAAAGCCCAAGUAUAUAACCUAAUGUCUCUGGGUGUUGUUGAAGACACCUUCAAGGAUGAAGUUGAGAUCAUCCAAUGCAACCAGUCUGAAGCACCAAUAAUCAAAGAGUGCCUGGAUAUUGCAAAGAACGGAAUCCCAUGGAUCAAGCAAGAGUUAGCUCGACAAAUUGAGAAACUCGGUGGCAAACUAUCAUCCAAGAGGAACUUUCCAUGGAAGACUCUUCCUGCGGAGCUCAUCCAUCUUGGGAUGAUCAUCAAGGGAUAUCCAGAGGAUGUGUUGCUCCCUGGCGGUUUCCACACGACUUCAAACAAAGGAAUCGCCAAUUUGACUCUGAAGGAGACUGGGAUUUUGGUCGCAGCCUUAAAGGCAGGCUCUAUGCAGGUCAAAAAGAUGCCAAUAUUAGAAGGAGCACCUCCCACAGAAGAUUCCAUUCAUAGAGGAGGGUGUCGUCUUUUUGGAAACGGGCAAUCAGAUUGCCUUGGACUUCCCUGUGCAAAGCCGAGUGCAGCUGCUACCAGAAUAAAAAAGGCACCAACGAAGUCACACACAUCUGCCAUAACUAUCUCUGAUGACAAUGACUCUGAUGAUGAUGGUUCCAUUCAACCUGUUCUUAAACCUCCCCCGUCAUGCAAAUUCAAGGUGGUGAGGCUCCCAAAGAGCCAGAAGAAGGACAAGAAGAACAAGAAGAAAAUCAUCAAGAAGAUCAUCAAGAAGGAAGUCAUUUCGCUUUUGUCCAGUGAGGUCAGCGAUCCUCACUCUGGCUCUGAGAAGCCUGAAGAUGAUGACAACACCAAGAGCGACUCGGACUAUGAAGAUGACUCUGCUGCAUCUAAGAAAUGA